AUUGGCAUUUGAUACGUCUCCAUCCCGUAUUCGAAUCUCAAUUCUCAACCCUGCAAAUUUCCUCUGUUUCCAAUUAACAGAAUCACCCCACCCCCUCUUUCCAUUCUACCAUCGUUGAAUUUCCUCUCUCUACCCCAAUUUCUUCCCAGAAAACACGCACUGAAACCCUCCCAUACUCAUUUCUCGGUCAUCUGAUAAAAUUCUAGAGAGAUGAUAGUCGUGAUCAGCAGCCGAUGCUCCCACACUUCACUCAUCACCGAGAUCAUCAUAACCAGCUUCUUCCGCCAUAAACUUUAUAUUUUACUCAUUUAGUUAGCUCUCUUUACACUGCUGAUCCAACUUUGAUCGCUCUCUUGAUUCAAUCGCUGCAGAAUCUGGUCUUGGCUUGAACACAAUGCUCAACUUCGAAGCUGUUGGCAGUGCCAAAAGAUCCAGAAACAUGGUUUACUCGUCUUUUGAUCAAGAAGAGUUUGGAGAGGAAUACUUGGAUGAGUAUUUUAAUCAGCAAGAAAAGAAGAGGCGCCUUACUGUCGACCAAGUCCAGUUUCUCGAAAGGAGUUUUGAGGCAGACAAUAAACUAGAGCCAGACAGGAAGAUUCAGCUUGCUAAAGAGCUCAGGUUGCAGCCUCGGCAGAUUGCUGUGUGGUUCCAAAAUCGCAGGGCGCGAUGGAACACAAAGCAGCUAGAAACAGAUUAUGAAACAUUUCAUGCGAGAUAUGAGACCCUGAAAACCAACUAUAAUAAUCUUUUGAAGGAGAACCAUAAGUUAAAGGCAGAGGUCCUUCGUCUCAAACAAAACGAUCUUGGUGGAGAUCCGAAGAAAGUAGACUUACAAUUGCUCGACUGCAAAGGGCUCCCUGAAGUGAUGCCUACAGAAGCCAAUGUGCGCAUGAUUUCUGACGAUGAAGAGUCCAAUGUGUCAGCCUUGGAUUUCAAGAAUGAACAACAGAGCUCAUCGAAGGGUGAAGUGAGUAAUGCGGGCAGUCCGAGGUUGACUGAUGGGAUUAACUCUCCUCUGUUAGAAUCUGGUGUUUCGUCUCAUGCCUUUGAUCGCGACUACUCAGAUUCAUCACAGAUUGGAGAAGACAACCUACAUGAAGAGCCCGAUUAUGUCUUUCCUCUGAAUUCCUUUUACUAUGAAUUUCCAGUUGAAGAUCGUGCCUUCAACUUCUGGUGAAUAUUGAUCUUCGCGGGCCACAUUUUUCACUACAAUUACUUGUUUUUCGUUUUAAUCGUUUUACUAUUAUUGCAAAACUAUGUUUGCUCAACUGUUUUGAUCUUUGUUAUCUGAAAGUCUUAAUUUAGAAAGCAAUAAGAUAAGGAGAUGUAUUGUAAAUUAGACAGUUGCACGGUUGAAACAUCUUUGUUGCUAUUAUUCAUGUUUUACAUAUAUUGGUCGGAA